UGUCGUCGUUGUUGGAUCGUUUUUGUACAUCAUAGCGUCCGGCCAAAAGCGCAUACCGGGUUCAAGUCCAGUUUUCUCACCUCCUUCCUUUUGUUCCAUUCUUUAGUUCGUGGUUUUGUUUUUGUUGGUUUUCUUCUUUUCUUCCCGUCCGCGUACACCAACGAGCGAAAUACCUGUGCGAAGAAGCAGCAGCUUGAAGUUUUUUUUCCUGCUCCAAAGAUGUGUUGGUUCGAUGCUGAGAACUGAGGUGGUGCCCUGGUAAGCUGUGAAGUUCUGAAGAAAUUCGCGAUCGCUGCUGAACCAUCCCACGGUAAAGUGCAUUGGUGUAGGUGGGGAGAUCGUGACAAUAGAAGUGGUAAAAAAGAACCUAGAACAUAAUUUCGCAGGUUCGUCUGCCCCGAAGAGAGCAUCGAAAAAGAAGGAAUUCCUAUGUGUCAAGUGGAGAGAUUCGAUCGUGAUUGCAAGUUCGGAACCUGUUGAAUUGUCUGUCGGGCCGCCAAGAACUGAGGUCCGUGUGAGUGAUGGAACUUCGUAACCCGCCAGCUCUCUAGCGCAUUAACGGGGAGCGGGGCAAGAAUGUGAACCGUGUGUGCGGCGAAAACAAAUUCCUUGCAGAGUGGACGAAUUUUGCAACUGUUGGCAAGAAAAGAAGUCGCCAUCGGUCGUCGGUCGGUCGGUCGGUUCGGUAGUUUGAAUAUUGUGUGUGGUUGUUUUGGUUGCGCGUUCUGUUUUCUGCGGUGUAACAUACUGAAUUGAAUGAAUGUCGGUGCGGAGCGGAUAAAAAGAAGAAGCGAAAAGCCGAACCAACCAAAUGUGCAGUGCAGUGCUUUUUCAAUUAGCAUCGAUCAAUGGGCUAUGAAAGGUGUUUGUAAAUAUCGAUAACUUGUUUUCUGUGUAUACAGUCGUACGCCGGCCCGAAAGGUGUGAAGAAUUUUCAAACAAUUUGUACUAGUGUUCGAGUGAAUGUUUACUAAUUGGUUGAACCGAGUGUUUUUUUUCUUCCUUCUGUGGCUCAUUAGCUCGGUGAAGUUCGGCCGAGUGCUAUGCUUAGUGAAGGAAAAACCCUCAACAGCAGUGGACUAUUUACCGGUGGAUUCACGACAACCUCGAAUUUAGCUGGCUGUUGAAAAACCGAUUGGUGAUAACAAGCUCUCCGCCGCUGAACACGAUUACGUUGGUGGCAGGCUUGAUAUCGCGUGGAUGGAUUUUAUCACAUCAAAUCUGCAUCUGUACCGUCGUAUCGCGCAUUUAAUCAUCCAACAAAAUCUACCAAACGGCUGUGGCUGUGCGACUGAUCCCCGUUCGCGGCCGGUGAAUAUGAUCUUUUGUUGCGCAUAAUGAGCUGAGUACGGUUUGUUGUCAGUCUGUGACCAAACGCCACGAGCAGCGGUAGCAGCAGAGCAGCAGCAACAACAACAACCACAAUCGCAAUAAGUGCAUUUGGACAAUUUCCGGCUUUUCAGCUGCUGGGUAGUUCCAUUAACGUCGCGCGAGUGUGGCUUGUAUAGCAGAUAUCAAUUACCAUAAAAGUUUUGUGUGUAUAUUCGUAUCGAAAUAAUUGCGGCCCGAUUCAAGCUGCUUUUUGGGAGCACACGCUUAAAAGCAUUCCGGGCGUCAAAGAGCUUAUCGGGGGUAAUUUUCUUCCGAGUGGCCCCGUAAAUCGGUCUGUUGGCUGAAGAAGACGCGGCCAGCAGAUGAUGCUGGAGAAAGAGUGAGCAAGAGAGAGAAAAGUGUUAGCUAGGAGAAAGUGAAAAUUUGUCCGCCAGCACCCGCUGGAAAAGUGGUGUGCCUCACUAAUUAAACAUUAUUAACUAAUAAAGUGAAUAAAAUUAUUAUCAUCAAACAAGAAGAGUGCAAAACAAUUGUGUGUGCGUGUGUACCGAAAUCGCGAGCGUCGAUCAUUACGAAAGGAAAAACUCAUUCGGGAAAGGUGUUAACCCUUCCCGCCCCUUGACGCUUGCUUCGUCAAACAAGAGACCUCUCACCGACAAUAACAUGGAAAUUGAUCUGUUAUUGUUAACUAGUGUCCAUACGAGUGAACCCGUCGAAAGUAUCUUCAUCAGCACAAACAACAAUAGUUACGGCAUCCAAGGUAUCGACACCUAGAGCUUGCAGCAGACUGGCUGACUAGUGACUAUUGCACAACUCUCCUCCCUCCGUAACUAAGCAAUCUUCUGGAGGUAAACAAGAUCACUCUUUCACCCUUAUGCAUAAUCAUAACCGUAGCUGCUUCGGCGGCAAGAUUUGAUUUAAUUAACAAGCCCUCGUCUACUUCAGUAUUAUUCCAAACAAUAGCAACCGCGAGUUAUUAUUGGAGUCUCCCCCUAAGUCGCUGUGGGAGUAACAAUUAUCACUAAGUCGCGUGUCUUGUCGGUGUCUACCGAAGCAACUCUCACCGAAGAUCUUGGAACAGCUCUCUUUCGGGAGGGCUCUUCAAAGUACAACCGUAGAAGCAAAAAAAAAAGGUCAAACCUGUGUGAGAAGAAGACGUCGCCCCGAAUAGAGCAUGGCAAAAAUGCUCCCCUUUGUGCAAUCGAGUCGAGAGUUUGCCAGUGAAUAGCGUGAUCUUGUUCAGGUUUUCUCGGGUUCAGAAGAGCUCUUUCCUCUUCUUCGCCUGGGUCUGGUCUGGCUGUUGUUGGCAGAAGAAAAAGUUUGCGAAUGUGUAGUGUGUAGUUUUGCGUACGUGAAGUUAUCUCUACUGUACAAUGGAUCGGUUCAGUGUGAACAAAGGACCGGCCAACGCUGGUGGGACCUCCACUUCGAGCCCCGCUGGAAGUGCUGCUGCUGUUGGUUGCAAUAGUGGCAACAGCCCCGCCGCCACCACAACCCACAAUUGUAACAACAGUACUAGCAGUAACAUCACCAACAGCAGCAGCACCAGCACUACCGCCAGCAACAACAAUGCUGUGAAGAUACGCCCUGAACGUAACAACAACAGUGGCGUUGCUGCCGCCGCCGUAUCGUCCAUUGACUCGUCGGUGGUUGCGUCCUCGACUGCAUCAGCACUGCUCGCUGCUGUCGCCGGGCCGACUCCCGGCUUCCGAAAAUCGUUUCAUCGAUCUGGACCGGGUAGUGCCAGUGCCACCUCGGAUUACAGCAUGUCCACUUUGGCAGAAUCGGUUCAGGACGAACAGCUAAGCACCAGCGGUGGCAGCCCGCCGGGCAGUGCCAGCAGCGUAUCCUCCAUGCACCACCACCCGCACUCCAACGGCAGUGGGAGCGUACUGCAGCCACCAGGCCAUCCCGGUGGUGUGCACAACAUACCGGGCCUACCGGGACUUGGACCACCGCCAAACAACAGCAACCUAACCCAAGCCGGACUGGAAGAGUACAGCAGAUCGUACUACGAGCAAACCAUGUACCACCACCAGAAGCAGUCCUCGUACGCCCAAUCCGAAGGAUACCACAGCUACGUGUCCAGUUCGGAUUCCAGCUCGACGCCAUUUCUCGAUCGAUUGCGCCAGGACAGUGAACUGCUGCUGUCCCGAUCGGCCCACAACUGGUCCCAGCAGGAUCUACAGCAGCUUUCGGCGUCCAACAAUAGCAUCGCGGAUAACAACAGCUCCGAGAGCACUUCGUCGACGGAAACGCUCAAGUGGCUCGGUUCGAUGAGCGAUGUGUCCGAGGCGAGCCAUGCCACCAGCAUGUCCGCGCUAUCCAGUGCCGGUUCCACCUCUCAGCUGAUUGCGCACAGUUCGCGGGUCCGAACACCACAGCGCCACAACUCCGAGAGCAUCCUUUACAUGACGACUGAAGAGCAGCAGCACCAGCAGCAUCUCAGUCAUCAGUCAUCCGCUGUCAUUGGAGUCGGCUCGAUCGGAGGUUUGGUGUCUCAAUCGAUGGGAUCACUGCACCAUCAGCAUCUGCAUCAUCAUCAUCAUCACCACCAUAACCAGGUACCGCUCGGUCAGCAUAGUGUCCAAACCUCCCCAAACGGUGGGUCGACGCAAUUGUCGCCACAUCACCAGCAGGGCAGUUCGUCUAGCUCCUCCGGUGGAUCUCCGAUUGGGGAGGGAGAUUUGCGCUUUCAACACCGAACCUCGUCCAACGCUUCGCUGGCAUCAUCCUCGUCGGCACCACCGGCUACGGCCAGCAGCGGCAACGGUAGCACCUGGAUUGCGGGCGGCAACAGUCCGAUCCGAUCUAGUCGUAGCAAUAAUCGGCUGUUUCCUAUCAGCACCUAUACCGAGAUUCCUAGCAACCUUAACAGUAGCAGUAGUAAUUGUAACAAUAGCAAUAGUAACAGUAAUGGGAAUAACGCUUUCGUCGGCGGCUCUACGACUCCACUGGUUGACAGUUCCAAACAACUCAGUCCGCACAGUUGGCAGUCGGUGGCCGAUCGCAUCAACGAGCUAGAGAAGCACCAGCAACAAGGUAUUUCCCUGCUUAACAGUAACAGUGGCAAUAAUAGCAUUAUCAGCUCGUCAGCUUCAAUUGGUGCUAAAAAUCUUAGUCAUGUAGCACCCAAGCAGCAACCGCAGCAACAGCAGCAGCAACACCUACCGAGGUACACGUAUUUCGAUCCGUCCAAAACCCACCGGGUUUCGAACCCUUCGCUAAAAGCGUUCCAGAAAAACGCUGUGAUAUCUUACUUCGAACGACAGCAGGCUCACGCCCGUGAAAGCAGCCACAAUCUGUCGCGACCAACGACGCUUAACCUUAACCAGCAGCAUCAGUCCGGAUCACCGCCGUCCCACAAAUCGGUCUCGCAACGUUCCUCCAUUUCCAGUGCUUACUCUUCCUCGGAAAGCACCAUGGAUCUCACCACAUCCUCGCAGUCCUCGAUCGCCGGCAACUAUCACCACCAUCCGAGUUUGCACUCCCCGGCAAGCAUCGCAGCCCAACAGCAGCUGGACAAGAUAGCAGCCAACAAUCUACGCAAUCAGUUAGCUUCCGUCCACACGAUGAACCUGCUGAAUAAGGUUCAAUCCCCUCUGAACGCUCAGCUGAUUGAUUCACAGAUGAUUAGCAACGCCACGUUGAUCCUUGCCGCCAACAGCAAUGGAACACCGAUCGAUGCUCCAGCCAGCAACGGGAGUAGCCCAACAUCGCCGGAAGAUCCACUGGAUGCUAAUGUGUCUCCCCCGCCACCUCCGCCACGAUCGAGAUCAAUCGUUAUGCCGGCCAUCAAUAGUACCGCCAGCAUGGCUAUCGCAACUACGCACGCCGCUCAUCUGGCCACGGUUCGAAGAACCUCCUCCGCAUCAGAAUACUCGUCCAUUCGUGAUAAAAUGAUUCAACAACGACAGCAACUAUCCAAGGACUUGCUCGGUCCUAUGAUCAUGGGACCCAUUAUCGCUCUGGACGAUUGGGUUCCGGAAAGACCCCCUAAGAACCCGAUGCUACGAAUACCGAGCCCAGAACUACCACCGCCUCCCCCAACGAUGAGUCCAACCGAAGACGUAAUACUUUUAAAUCAAGACGAACCUUUACCACCACCACCGCCAGAAAUCCUAAGGCACAUUCGACAACUCAGUGACUCUGGGGAACCUAAAUCUAAUCCUGCCAGCCGGCGGAACAGUUUUGCUGGACAAACCAACAAAAAGUCUCUUUACCGAGCUUCAACGUUGGAAAAUCUUUCACCUCCUCCGCCUGCACCAGCACCCGUCCAGCAGCCCCAGCAAGCACAAAUUAGUCAGCUAAUCAUUCCACCCACGGUACCGAAGAAACCCCAACCGGUGGAAGCCCAGGUCCUUUACCGAAGACCAUCGUCCAGUAUGUCGAAAUCCCAACCCCAGCAACAAAAUGGAUUAAACUCAAUCCACCAAGCCCAUCGGGUCAUAGUUAACGGAAAGCCCGACCAGAGACAUUCGCUUCCGAUGCCACUGCACUCAACGCCCCAGCUUCAAUUCGUCCCGCGCCAAUCCGAUUCGCGGGUAUCGAUGCGAAAGCGAUCGCACAACUCGCAGCAAAUGCCGGUUGCCGAGUACCUACUGAAAUCCGUCCACCAUCAGCACCAGAACGGUCAAAUGGUUCCACCGGGUAGCAAUAGCAGCGCCAAUAUUCACAAUAACAACAGUAUCAACAAUAUCGCCAACAUAUCAGCGAAUGCCGCCAUGACACCACCGCCGCCACUGAGGCCACGGUUGCCGAUUCAAUCGCAGCUGUCCCCACCCACGUUGGAGAGCCUCAGCGGACAGUUGAUAUCGAUGGGAAGCAAAAGGAGUAACUCCAAAGCAUCCUACCUACCACGCCAACCACGAGACAAGCUUCACUCGGAUCCGGACCACGGUAGCUACAAACUAACACUGACCUCCAAUGAGGACUGUAUCAACCACAACGACGUUUUCUCGGAAGAAAUCAUCACCUCGCCGAAAUGUAACCUACCGGAUGUGCUGCCUCCCGGAGUCAAAUACUCCCUCUACUCCAACAAUAACAAUAAUAAUAACAAUAACAACAACACCAGCGGCAGCUGCAGUCCCGCCAAUGGGAAAUCAACUGGAAAGCCACCGAAAUCACAUCCUCUCAGUGCACCAAUCAUUUCGGCCAGCAGCCUGAAAUCAAUGUUCAACUUUUCGCCACAACAACCGCAACAAAAUCAGGUCACACCUCCGAGUGCUUCCUCACCGGUAACCCCGCCACCGUCCUACAGUGCCGCUACCGGUCAGCAGUCACCGCCGCAGCCAGGAAGCCCCACAAACCAAGCAAUCAGCCCCAAAUACACCUCCCAGUCCACGUUCGAUCUGAAAAAGACGCAAAUUCUCGACACGCAAUAUCUGACUCAGAGCUCGGCCCAGAUUGGACUGCCACCAAUACCAAAUCUACAGCAUCAUUCACUGGCCGAGCAACCGAUCAAUAAUACCAAUUAUCUCAAUCACCAGCACAGCACCACCAACAAUAGCUGCAGCCAGAAAACUGUAAAUAAUUGUAAUGAAUUUUCUGAAAAAUCCGAUAGCUUUGAGCCGACGAUCAGCACCACCAGCACAUGCACCGUUGAGGCAGUGGAAGCGAACCACAACAACACCAACACCAAGAUCAGCGCCGUUCAGUCUUCGGUACGCGAUGAAUUUUCGGCCAAAGAGGAAGAAACCCCGAUCAGUAGUAACCACAGCUCAACCUGUGCGGAAGCAAACCAACCGGAAUCACCGAACACGUGCGGCAAGCAGCUAUCUUCGAGUAGUUUCGAAGACUCAAAUUCGCCCAUAGCACUAGAACGUGUCACCAAAGAAAUCAACUUGGAACCGGUGGACCGUGCAGUAUGUGAUUCAGCAAACACGACCGCGACCGCGAAAAUAGUUCAACGAACGGAAAUUGUCCUCCGAGUAGCGGCGGCUACUACGGAAGCAUCCUCGCAAACGGACGACGAUCUGGCCACCGGAGAUCAUCUGCCGCAGCACAACAACCCAGCUUCUCUCCGAUCAUCCACCUCGCCGAGCCACCUCACGGUGGGCAUUGCCGAACUAGUGAUAGAACAUUAUCAACCAACGAGCCACUCGGCGGCGACAGGUUCUUCUGCCGUUUCCGGGGUCAGCAAACAUUCGGUCGCCACCUCUACUGCCUGCUCACCGCCAAGCACUCCGACCAGUGGCAAAUCCCCGACCGGAGGUUUCUUCGGUAAGGCUUGCACGGCACCGCCUCGGAAGGUGCACCCGGAGGAAAUCGACUGUGAUAAACUGUCGCAUGAUCUGAUCAGUCAGCUGUCGCCCUCGGACAAACUGCACACCAUAUUGGCUCCCAAGACGUUCAAAUCAUCCUCCGACUAUGUAUCCGAUCUGUUCAACAUUCAAAUAGCGCCCCGGCCGAUGAAGAAGGAUGCCUCGACGGCGACACCGGAAGCGAGUCCGCAGAAAAGUUCUCCCAUGUUGCAUCAUUUUAGCCCGCUGGACAUACUGACCACCAGUUCCACCUACUUCCAAGUGUCCGAACCAAAGGCGAAACUGAUGACGCGAUACAGUCGCGAAAUGACGCUGAUUAACGGAGACUGCUGUGAUUUGACCAAGAAGAAGGAGGAACUCGUCCAACGACUUGGCAAAAAGUUACUAGUCCUGUCGAACGAGCAGACGAGCAUCGCAGAGGAAAGCACCGCCAACGAUCUGCUCGGCAACGACGUCGCCCUCAAGGUAGCCCAGAUGGUUCGGCCCACCGAUGCGUCCAAGUUCCGCUCCUACGUGGACGACGUCGGCUACAUUACGAUGCUGCUGCUGUCCCUGUCCGGUCGGUUGGCCCGCACGGAUAACGCUCUGCACAACAUCGAUGAUUCACACCCGGAUAAGAAAAUCCUUGAGGCCAAACGGGACCGACUGCUGGAACAGUUGGACGAAGCGAAACAGUUGAAGGACGACAUCGAUCGCCGGGGUGCAAUCAUUUCCAAAAUACUGGAGAAAUCUCUAACCAUCGAGGAGUACGCGGACUACGACUACUUCAUCAACAUGAAGGCCAAGCUGAUAGUGGAUUCGCGAGAGAUCGCAGACAAAAUCAAGCUGGGCGAGGAACAGUUGGCCGCCCUCAAGGAUACGCUGGUGCAGAGCGAAUGUUGACCAGCUUUCGGAUCCGUUUGUAAAUAGUUGAAUUUAGCACUGCAUAGUUUGUAUAUGUUUCGUGUCCAUAUUCGAUAAGCAUUAAAACUCUCUUGAGCGGCUACGUCAAAAGAAGUAAAAUAUUAAUCGAUCGGCUGUUGAGUAGAGUAGAAUAGUAUCUUUCGAGUGAAAAGGGCUAGCUGCAAAUUGUCCACUAACCCGUAACGGUGGUCGCCUCGCUAUGCGACGCUCGUGAAAUUGUAAAUUUUGUAAAUAUUAGCUUUUAUUCAAGUGAAAUACUGCGGAGCAAGUCAAAGAAACUAUCAUCAACAUUUAGGCCAAAUAAAAAAUACAAAAGAAACAAAUUACGAUACAAUUUGAAUGCUUCGAUGGGAGACGAACCUUCCGCUGUUUUCCUACAAGGUCAAUUACUUUAGUUUGUAUUACUAUUCGGUUUUGUGAUAAGGCAAAAAGUUCUUGCAUUUCAAUGUAUGAUGUUGAAAUUCAAAGAGUUUUUAAGUGCACCUCUGUCCCUCUGAUUUGUGUUGUUUGAAUGCGCACCCACUUUUACCGGUUCUGUGUAAAUAAUAAUUUGAAUGACAUUUCCUUAAGCUUUUCCGUUUUCUGUCGCCUCCGACGUGUGCAGUGCCUUAGAAUUAGCUGUUGUAGCUUACGCUUUGUUAGUCACCUUAACCAAAUGUGAGAAAUUUGGUUUGAAAGAGUGCUCUUUUGAAGUGGAAUUGGAUUGUUCUUUUAAAGUGUGAUACGGAUUUUAACUUUCACUAUUAUUAGUCGAGCGGAGUACUGUUGGUUUAGAACCAUAGAUACAGUUAUAGAAUUAAAAUAAUCAUAUGUUUCCAAUGUACCGUUUCCAUUUACACCAAUAGAACGCAACCUAGCAAGGAUUAGCUUAACAUCCCAAUCAGAUAAUGCUACCUUUCUAUGAACCCUCAACAGAUCUUAAUAGUAAUAGAGCACAUCAGAUAGGACUCCCGAUUGGCUGGUUCGGUUGAUCUAGAUGAAUCAGAAAAUGCAAUAAACAACGACAAUAAGUCCAACAAAGAACGCGGUCAAUCGGACAGAAUUGGCGGAGGAUUCUGACUAACGGGAGUAUUACGAAAAUUAUAUACAAAACACAACAUGGCAAACAAUUGCCUCACGACCUUUUCCUCUUUGCAGCGUUUAGUCAGUUGCUUAACGAGAGGAUUGAGACAACGAGAAAAAGCCAUUUUGUUAGGGUGCUACAAAACGAGCAUAGCAAAUCAUAAUUUAAAAGAACAAUUCAUUGCCGUGUCCGUGAAAUGACAUUUAUUGUAAUUUAAACCUCUCGCUACAAUUAAUGUUAACACGUGUAUUUAAAAUCAAAAGCACAAACAUUUUGUACAUUGUUUUGUCCCUUUCCUUGUACUACCUUAACUGGUAUCGUUCUACUGAACAUUUGUUUGUGUAAUAGUUUUGUAGACCGCUAUCUAUUGAUUCAAUUCCCUUAGGUGCUUAUACAAAAACAUGAACACGACAGCUAACACUAGAAAAGUGUUCACAAAAGUUAGAAGAAACUUUGCUUUCUGGCUGUCAAUACGCAGCACUGAAUUCGAUCUGCUAGUAGUUAUAAUAAUUCAUUUAUUCAAAUCCGUUAGCCUGUACACUUUCCUUAUUAGUAAUAUAUCAGUUAGAGCAUCAAUUUGUAUCAUCAAUAAGCAGGAGUGUUUCUUUCUCUAGAAUGUAGUUAAACUAUAGGCAAAUUGUGGAAGAAAUUUGAAAAAUUUAAUGUGAUUUUACUUACAAGAUAAACUAUAAUUUACGAAUUUUAUGCGUAUGGUUAGAAUUUAAAUUUUAUUAUCGUAUUGUAAACCGACAAGCUGUCCAAAAUGUCUUUUAUUCGUGUGCAAAUGAUUAGAUCUAGUAUCUCUUAGAAUGUGUGUUAGAACACUGAUACUUAACAAACUUCUCUGUGUCAAGAAAUAUAAAGAAUAAAUUGCUUGAAAAAAUUA